AUGUAGCAAGUGAUAAUUUAAACUCUUUUAAAAUAUAAUGAAAUAUUUGAUGCAUUACAGUAAGUAUUUCAAUUGCAUAAUUACAAUUGUAACGAUUAGAAGAACAUAUUGAGCAAAUAUUUGGAAUCGAAUUAAAAAAACUAAACAUGUAUAUAUGUUACACUAAAUGAAAAUUCUGAUUUCCUUGGAAUAAAUGAAAGGUUCCUGAAAUUAUAAAAAUCCUUUAAUUCAAACUUAGAAAGUCUUUUUGAAUUCAAUACAACUUAAUUUCAAAAAUAUGUUUCAUCUGAGAUCUCUAAAAUUGAUAAUGAUCUCAGCAAAAAAGUUGUAGAUGUCCAGGAUGAUAUCAAUUAAUUCAAAACCAAUGUUGAUGCCACGUAUUAGACUAUUUUGAAUGCAAAAUAAUAAUAAAAAUUUUAAGCGUAAACCUUUGAAAAAAUUAACGAAGAAGUGGAAUAUAUUAAACAUAAAUAUGCUUUAAAAUAGAAUUUGGAUGAGAAUUUUACUGAAAUCCGUGAUUGCAUUUCUAAUGUAUCUUAAAGUAUAAGCUAUUUAAGAAAUGAUGUAUAACUGUUGUUUAAAAAUACCAAAGAAAUGAAAAGCCAAACAUUGUAGGAGACUUCGCAAUUUAAUGAACGAUUGCAAAAUCUUGUGAGAGAAGUUUAACAAAUCGAUGAAUGCUUUCUUUAAUUAGGAUCUUUGUAAAAAAAAAUAGAUAUUUGUAAAAUCGAUGUCAAUUAAACAUAAGAAAAAUUUAAAACUUUAGCAAAUAUGUACUAAGAACUUGAAGUCAACAAUUCAAAGGCAGUUAAAUUUGAAGUGCACUCAGCUGUCAAAAAAUUUGAUGAAGACUCCUUAAAAAUAAAUCUAAUUUAGGAAAGAUAAAGUAAUUAAUUAGAGUAAGCACAUAUUAAAUUGUAAAAUAUUCUUGAGUAGAAUAUUGGAAUAAAAUCCAAUUAAUAAUCUAUUCAAGAACAAUUUAAUUAAGAAAUUAAAUCUCUUCAGAAAUAGAUUUCUCGGUAAUAAAAGUAUAUUGAAUAAUUAAAAGAAAGUAUCUCCAAAACCAACUAAAAUUCAGCUGAUCUUCCCUUACAAAUUAAAGGGUUGAAUUCUUAAUUACAAUAUUAAUGGAAAUAUCUUAAUCAGUGCUUCAACCUAACAAAAGAUUCUUUAGACAUACUAUAAGAUUUUUGUGAAACGCUCUAAGUUCCAUCUAUUAAUUAAGAAAAAGAUCUCACAAAUUUAAUAUUGCUAUUGGACAGAAGACAAAAUGAAUUAAAAAGGAAUCUACAUUAAACCCCAACACAAUCAUCAAAUUUUCAGUCUAGAACAUUGAUGAGACUUUAAACCCCCAAAAAUUCAUAGCCUUGUGAUACUCCUGCUAGAAUACACUCUCUAUAAUAAAGAAAAUGUAUUUAUAGUAAAAAUGGAAGUCAAACAAUAAGCGUAGACUCAAAAAGAGAAACAUUAGUUUAAAAUUGA